GUACAACACCUUAUAUUAAGAGUCAAAAGCGAAACAAAUUGACUUGUUAUUGGAAUCACUACAGGCGAUAGAUUGCGAUAAUGUGCUUUGUUACAUUGCUUUGCUAUCGGUUUGGUAAAAAUGGCGGCUGAAGUGUGAGAAAAAUCAUCGUAGAAAUCUCAAGGUUUGUUUUGAAGACAAAGACCCAUCGGUACUUUGGCUGCUAGGUUGGGAAGGAAUCAGGUGAUCAACAGUUACAAGUGCAAGGCUUGGCAGAAGGUGUUUACAGGCUCCAUGUCAAUCCUUCUACAAGAUGCCAAGCAAGAAUACAUACUGGAAAUGCAUGUUGCAUUAAAGAAAAGCUGCUCUACUGUGUCAGGAACACAAUGUGUACAACUUAGAAAGUAAUGUAAUUGUUGACCAAACUGACCUUUGAUCAAAGGAACUCAGUAAAGAUGCCACCCACUCCUGGAACUUGUGGCAAAGCCAGAAGCUCCCAGUUGUCUUCACAAAAGAAAGGAGGUAAGCUCCAGAAGACCCUAACUAGUCCACAAUCCACUGGGAAGGUGAGGAAGUGCUCGUUGCGUCUUAGAAACCUGGAGAGCAGUCAGCCAAAGGAACAUGGGUGUUUCUCUGAGGUUCUCAAGUGCAUGGCAGAAGAUGUGAGGAGAGGUACAUCUAGUUCCAAGGGUGAAAAUCUGACCGAUGUGGCAAAUGGGUUGGACCAGUCAGAAAGAGCCAAAAGUUCUGAGCUGACUGAAAUAUCAAGGACCAGUAACAGGAAUGGUCAUGAACAGGAUCAUGUUGCCAACAAUAGAACAUCUCAGGUAUCUAACCAUGGGAACUUGAAAGCACGUACCAAAAAACUCUUGUCAAUGAGGGUUGCCUUAACUGAUGUAGAGCUGGGCUCUGCAGCAGACAAUACCCUUUUCAAGACAGGUGUGGAGAGGAAGAACGAUCUGUCUUCUGCCACUGACCUCACUGAUACACCCAGGAAGAGAAACACAAAUAUCAAGGGUUCAUUUCCAUAUACAGGCAUCGGCAGACCCUCUAAAUACAACAUACCAACAGUCUCCAUAAGCCCUGGGAAGGAAGGUGUUAACUCCAAUGUCAAUAAGACUGAUGGGAUGGAGUUUCAAACCUGCAAGAUUGCCAAGCUGCGGGGAAAUGGGUCAGCCAUAGAGUGGAUUCAAGUAGAUCUGACAGAGGCUAGUAUAAAUGACUACAUCAAAUCCAAGAAAGCAAAGCUGGCUGAAGAGGAGAAGAUGGCUUCUGGAGGCAGGAAGAAGGAGAAAACCUACUAUGUGACAGGAAACGUUGUUGAGAAUUCUACCAGGCAAGGGUGCAAUAAAAAAGUGGUUCCAAAGAACUCUAGUAAAACUAGCAAUUCAUUGUCAAUGGUCCAUGUGGUUGAUUUGGUUGAGAAUAGUAAUAAUAGAAAGAAACACCUCAGAUCUCAUAGUUCUGCAGCAGCCAGUGUGACCAACUGCCAAGGAGAUAAUUUGAAAGAGCAGACACCACUUCAGAAGAGCACUGUGUCAGAUAAUAUUGAUACUACAGUAGAAUCUAUAACACUUGAUGAUGAGGUUGAAAGCAAACCAAACAAUUGUAAGGGCCAGAACGUGUUCUACAAAGAAGAGCAGGAGCAGACUAGUGAAAUGGAGGCACACAACAAGGAAAUCCACCCAGAAGUCAGAGGACAACAUCGGAGUACGGCUGAAGUGGAGGGCCUGUCUGAAAUAAGUCAACAAAGGGACAAUAAAAAUCAAAAACACUCAGAAACAGUUGUCCAAGACCAGGCCUCGGAACAAGAUAAGGUAAACAGUGAAGAGGAACAGGUGCCUUUACAAAACAGUAAUACAGAAAACCACUCAGAAACAGUUCCUCAAGCCGUAGAGCAAAACCUGAUAAAAGAUUACGUGAAGGUCAAGCCUGAUAAAGACUUACAGCAACAUCAACAGACAGUGCAAAAGGAAGAAAUCACUAGAACAGAACAAUACUCAGAAACAGAUGGACAAGUUAGGCAAGUAACAUUUGAAGAUGAUGAUACUGCUAUAAUCAAUGAGCAAGAAACUACAGGGAAAGGAAGUCACUCAACAUCAGUUGUACAUGACAGGCAACAACAACAGGUAGCACUUGAAGAUGAUAACACUUCUAUAAUCAACGAGCAAGAAACUACAGGGAAAGGAAGUCACUCAACAUCAGUUGUACAUGACAGGCAACAACAACAGGUAGCACUUGAAGAUGAUAACACUUCUAUAAUCAACGAGCAAGAAACUACAGGGAAAGGAAGUCACUCAACAUCAGUUGUACAUGACAGGCAACAACAACAGGUAGCACUUGAAGAAGAUGGCACAGCUGUAACCAACCAGCAAGAAACAACUGGGAAUGAAACUGACCCCAAAACAUCUGCCCAAGUCAUGGAAGCAAAUCAGGUAGCGAGUGAAGAUGAAGACAUUCCAGGAAACCAAGGGCUAGAAACUCUUGUAGAAGCAAAGAGUUCAGAAAUGGCUGUUGAAGAUAAUCAGGAAAUAAAAGAAGAGAAAGAUGUGCCUGCUUUCUCCCAGCAGGAAAUGAACAUUGUAGAUCCUAGUUUGGAAGAGCCAUUAACAUGUGAUAGACAGAUAGAUUCAGCAAUGGUGGGACCUACUACUUACAAUGAGAAUGAGAAUGAUAGUGAUGCAACUGAUGUAUACAGCUUCACAGAAGACAACAGCACACAUGGGACAAAUGUUGAUUUGGGUGCACUGAAAACCAUGCCUGACCCAAUUCAACAUCACUCUGUGAAAGAUGGGCAAAUGCAAUCAACUGAUGUUGGUCAGUCUGUUCAAACUUUGUCAACAGAUACAAACAUAACUGUCCCAGAUUACGAACCAGGUGACGAAUAUGAGGAUGUUGAAACAGCAUCAGUGGACCCAACACCAACAGUUUCCGUCGCUAGCCAAGAACAAACUAUGAUAACAGAAGAAUCACAUCUGGAUGUCAGUGAAGAGGACACAAUGGUGAAGGAAGUGCCAUCUCUUGUAUUUGAAGAAACUUUUGUAUCUCAAGGAACAUCACCUCACCCAGAUGUAAAUGAAUUAGAAGAAUUACCACAAAUUUCACCAUGUUUGCCAACAGACUUGAGCCAAGGUGACAGGGAGUAUGAAGAAGCCUUACCCUAUACAUGUUCAGAUAUAACAAGCCAAACCCCAGAUGCCUCUGUAUUUGUAGGGGAAGCUCCGGACGUCACAAGCCAAAAUGAGAUUCAGGUCUCGGGAAGUGUGAAUAAAAUGACUCACAAUCCCCAAAAGCGGGGUCCAGGUCGACCAAGAAAAAUAAGAAAAGUUGAAAAACAGACAUUUCCAGGAAAAGAUGUCACAGUAGUGUCUUGCCCAAUGCUGCAGCCGAUAAACAUCCCCCCAAAACGGGGUCCAGGUAGACCAAGGAAGAUAGGAUUGCCGGCUAAAGAAAGACCAGCAUUGCCUGCUAAAGAUUAUCCAAUCAGGUCCAGAGUGAUUAAGCGAGGUCGGGGAAGACCAAGGAAGCACCCACGUCCUAGUGAACAUUCCCAUGUACCUGGUACCAACAAAAACAAAAUACCUCACAUCAACCAACAGCUGGGAACAUUGUCAAAAAAGAGGAAAGUUGAGGGGGGAGAGGACUUGCAAAGUGGUCACCCACCAGCAAAGAGAAGAAAGUUGAGACCACGCCAACCAGACAAGACAAAGGAUUGUCCCAGGGUAGAUAUGAAUCAGGCAACUAAAAGUUUGCAGCAAGGCAGCGAGGAAUCAGAGUGUUUGGAACCACCAGCUCAUGGCACUCGUAGAUCCAUAGAUGUUGCCUCUGAGGGAAAAAAUGGACCUGACAGCAUGUGUGAAAAAGACAAUAAAGAAAGGCCCAUUCUGGCACAUGAGGAAGAGCGGCGAAAAGAUGCCACUGUUCACCUGGUCAAAAGAAGAAGGGGAAGACCUCCUAAGGACACGGGCAAAGUUGCAUUCAUUUCAGAUGAAGGAGAGAGACAAAAGAGGACUGGUCACCUGGUUAAAAGAAGGGGAAGACCCCCCAAGGGUGUGAGCAAAGUUGGAGCCAUUUCAGAUAAUGGAGAAGGACAGAGGGAUACUAGUCUCCUGAUCCAAAGAAGAAGGGGAAGACCCCCCAGCAUCAUGGGCAAAGUUUCACCCACUUCAGAUAAAGGUGAAGGGCAGAAGACUGUAACUUCAGAUCCAUUGCAGGCAGUGCCCAAGAAAUACACCUUGUCAGUUAACCUAACUCGUAUCAAUCACCAACUUGAGGGGCACUUAAGCCCAACUAACUAUGCUAACAACAAGACAUGGAAUGAUGUGUCUGGAAAGAAAAGAAAGGCCAGGGAGUUGAUUGCAAGGAGCCUCAGACUAAGGAACCACAGAAAAAGGAGUGGGAGAAAAGAAGCUGACACCAAAAGUAUUCUGACACUCGAAAGUCUUAGGCAAAGUGCAGGAAGGAAAGAAGUGUCACCUCCCAUUCAGAAUGAGACACCAAAGAAGAAAGGCAAGUCACCCCUGAAGUGCAGAUAUUCAAUGGCCCUGCUGUCCUGUAGUCAGUGUGAUUUUGCCACCAUUGAAGAGAAAAAGAUGGAGCAACAUCGUGAGAAGACGGGCCACAUGGCUGCAAGCUCUGCUUCACUGGGGGAGAUGGAACAGGAGACACCAAACACAAUUGGGAGGGUGUACAAAUGCAGCAACUGUAGCUACAAGAACAAGAAGAAAUCCCAGGUGCUACGUCACAAGGCCAAAUGUGAUAAAAACCUUGUCCGUGUAUUGAGGCAGGUCCCUCAAAGCAGCAAAGAGGAAGACGUCCAAUCAUCUAUUGACAUAGAGAAAUCCAGUCAAUCUUAUUUGACGUGCAACAAAUGCCCCUUUAAGACCUUAUAUAAGCACAAUCUGAUGACCCACAAAGAGCACCAUAAUACCAGGUGCAAGCACAGACGCCUCACAUGUCAGCUGUGCUCCUACGGCUGCAAUCGCCAACGUAGAUUUCGGAAACACAUGCAGUUACAUAAGCAGGACAAAGCAGUUCCGGUAGAAUCUUCAGUGAGCAGGACAGUUGAGCAGGCUAAUAAUGUUCUUGAGAGUGACAAAACUGUUUCAACAGGAGAUGGAAAAGUUCCUGCCAGAAAUAGUGAUGUGUCAGAUGAUGAUGAAGAUGAUGAUGUUAAAGAAAAAUGUCCGCAUUGUCCCUUCGAAACACACGUCCCACUGUCUCUUGAACUGCACAUAAAGCAUCAUAAAGACAUUUGCCCCAACCUGCAAAUGCAGUGCAAGUUCUGCACUUUUGUUUGCAAGACAAAAACCCACCUGACAAGACACAUGAAGUUACACAAAGUGGCAACAGAACCACUAAGAGAAGAAAACCAUCUUGUCAAAAACUCUGGUGACGUGCAGAAGCAAGCCUUUUAUGCUUAUGACUUUGACCUUAACCAGGAAAACUGUCCAGAAAAGAUUGACGUACACGCUACAGUGACCAAACAAACUGAGGUGAGAGAGCAGCAUGUCUGUGUGAAAUGUACCAUGGUCUUCAGAUCCAGGUAUCGGCUCCUUGUACACAAAAUCCAGCAUGAAACAGGGACCUACCUACGCUGUGAAGAGUGCAAGUUUAGGACUAAAAAGCCCAAGAAGUAUCAGUUCUUGGCACAUCUAAACGCACACUUCAACAUGAAGCCGUACAAGUGUAAGUAUUGCCCUUACAGGGCAGGCUGCUACCAUACUGUCUUUAAGCACAUCCUGAAGUCCCACAACAACAAGAUGCAGCACUCCAGAUACAAGUGUAAUAAGUGCUCCUUCUCCUGCAAGGGCCUUGGUUGGCUGAAGCGUCAUCAGAAGCUGCAUCUUCAAGGGCACGUUGCUCCCACAGAGGGGAACAAAGAGGCGAAAUAUGACAUUGAAGUUGAGAACAUCAUUGUCUGUGGCAAGUACAAGCAGAAGAAGAUGAAAGGACAGGAUGAGAUUGUGUGCACAACGGAAGAUGUGAGCUCCACCACCAUCGUUUCACCACAGAAACAUGCUGGGAUCAGCUGCGUGAGGGAGGUCCAGAACACCACCGAUGGUAGUGUUGAGUUUUGGUUCCUGUGCAGAUUCUGUGGCAAGAUGCACCUAGAUCAGGAGUCUUGGUUUGCCCACGUCCAGCGCCACAUCAUCAGCAGUGCCUGGCAUCCCAAAAAUGCCUUAUCGUCCCAACCUGCUCAAAAAGAAGAGACCUUUCCAACAAUAGGAUGUCCUCGUAGUGGUCUACAUGUAUGCCCAGGUGAAGAGGUUGAGAACAGGCAGCAUCAUGUAGUGAUGGAAAAACAUAGGAUCACCGAUGGUCAGUCAGAGGAUGCUCUUGACAAAGCAGAAGAGUGCAGCGUUCAGGACAAUGUAGAUGCGACAGCAACACAGAAAUGUGGCGAUGGGAAGGAGUGGAGUAGCAAAACCUCCUUACAGGAAGACCUGGAGGAAACUGCUGAGUGCAGUGCUUCCUCGGAGAGAGGCAGAGAAGAAGAUGCUGAGGUGACAGGAGACCAACUAGUAAGAGUCGGCCUGAAUGCCACAGACUCAACUUUUCAUUGCAGACAGGAAUCAAACUCGUGUGGUCAUGGAUCUGCUCUGGACACAGACGAUGACUCCGAUCUUCCCCCAUUACUCAAGACCACCAACGAGCUGGAACUGGCCUUUGUGUUCCCGCCAGACAAACAAGCAGAACUCAUCAGAGAACAUCUAGUUCAAUAUGAGACAUCAAGUAUUGGGUCAGCGGACAAUCCUGUUCCAAGUCUACAAGAGAUUAAACCAGAAGGUCAGGAGGAACCCAUCUACUUAUCACAGUGUGAUUACGCUAGUAGUUCAGGAUCCAUGUUAGGCAGUAGUGAAGAUAGGCUAUCGUCGGUAGGAAAUCUGACUGCAGACCAGAAAGAGGCUGGACCAGAUUUAUCAGGGUGGAUCUCUGCGCUACAGUACAGUCAGACUUCUGAGGUUGAAGGGGCAAUCUGUGCAAAGGUGCCAGGUCUCCCGCCAGGGAAGACCAUCAGGUGUCAGUUUUGUGGGCACUUGUCGAUGAGCCUUCCAAGCAGGCGAAGAUUCAGUCGUGGUGUCGCCAGGUCGUGUUUUGAGGCCGGGAUUCUGAUAAACUCGAUUCUCUUCAUCAACACCGGGCACAUGCGGACGUGCCGGACGAUCUCACCAGUCACGGGUAACCGUCGGUUUUUCACGUCGCCUUCGCCGUCACUCAUCCCAAGAUUCGCCAUCCACUCAGAAGGUGUCUCAUGCCUCUGUAGCGAAUCCUACUCUUCUUCCCGGAUCAUCCUUGCAGCGGGCGUCAUGACUGAAUGGAACCCUACCUCUAGUGGCCUUCACCCCGCUCGCGCAAGUGGUAGGAUCCAACCCGCGGCUGCCGGACUGCAGUAG